GAAAGUUUAUACAACAAAUUAGGUUCCCCUUUAACAAUUUUUAUGCAAAUUGUUCUAUAUUGUUGGUUUAGAUUACAAUUUUUUUUAACAUGUCAGCAUUGUCAUUAUUUCUAUUCUUUAUGUUCUGUUUCCAUUAAUCUAGCUUUCCUUCCUUCCCCUCCUUGCCUCCUCAUCUUUAUUUUUGGGUAAAUGUUGACCAUUUGGUCUUACAUAGUUGAUUGUUUAACAGAGCAUAUUACUCACGGGCGAUAUUGUUUAUUUUAUACCCAGUCUAUUACUUGGCUGAAAGGUGGCCUUUAGAAAUAGCUUCAAUUCCAAGUUCAAAGGGUAUCUUAGGGCUGUAGUCUUGGGGGUUCCUCUAGUCUCUGUUGGCUUGAUAGGUCUGGCCUUUUUUAGGAAUUUGGGUUUUAUUCUACAUUCCCCCCACCCCACCCCACUCUAUCUGGGACCUUCUAUUGUGUCCGUGGUGAGAAUGGUCAGUAGUGGUAGCUGGACACCAUCUGGUUCUUCUGGUCUCAGGUUAGAAGAGGCCGUGGUUCGUGUGGGCUACUAGACUCUUGGACUAGUUUCUUCUUUGAGCCUUUGAUGUCCUUCAUUCUCUUGCUCCGUACAAAUGCAGACUGAUAGUUGUAUCUUAGAUGGCCACUUGCAGGCUUUUAAGACCCCGGAUGGUACUGGCCAAACUGGGAUGUAGAACAUUAUCUUUGUGAACUAUGUUACGCUAGUUGACUGAGUUGUCCCAUGAGACUAUGGUCCCAAGCCUUUUGACCCAGUAAACCUUGCGUUUUGUUCAGAUAUAUCUAGGAAGCCUCCAUACCUGUGCCCCCAUGUGGUUUGUUAUGUAUGUGGAUGUAUAUGCAGCACACACAAGCAUGUAUAUACAUGUGCCUACAGAUACACCUAUCUGUAGGCACAUACGUGUAUAUAUACUCGAAUAUGCCUUCCGGAGCACAUAUGUGCAUCCAUAUCUGCCUAUAUAACCACACACAUAUUUUUUCGUUGUUUUUACUGUUGUUGCAAAGUUGUAUGUUAUAGCACUUACCAAAAUUGUCCCUUUUUCUCAUGUACUUCUUAGUGUCUUUAUUUACCGUGGUCAGGUUGUGCUGAUCUCACCCAUAUUCGAGAUUGUCUUUCCCAUCACCAAAAGUAGCAAGUGUCUAUUAUCUAGAAAGUGAUUCUCCCUCCUUCUCCCUCCCAUCCUCGGUAACCAUCAAAGAACUUUGCUUUCUGUGUGUAUAUAUAUUCUUGAUUUUUUGUAGUAGUGAUACCAUACAAUAUUUGUCUUUUUGUGAUUGACUUUUCACUCAGCAUAAUGUCUUCCAGAUUCAUCUAUGUUGUGAGAUGUUUCACGGAUUCCUCAUUAUUCUUUAUAGUUGUGCAGUAGUCGCCACUGGGUUUUGCAGAAGGAAGCUGUGGUUUCUUGUCUUCCUGCUUAUCCACAUGGUUUUCUUCAGAGGGAGGGCUAACGUCUAACCGUAUUUUUCAACAAAAUCAGAAGUAAAUAAAGUAGAAUGCACAGUAGUUGUCGGCAGAGUGGAAGGAACCAGAAUUUCUCAAAGGAAAUUCUUCCUCAAACAGACUUUCAGACUGGAUACUCCAUGGAGAAUGAGCCUGGAAUUGUGUCGCCAUUUAAACGCGUAUUCCUAAAAGGUGAAAAAAGUAGAGAUAAGAAAGCCCAUGAGAAGGUGACAGAGAGGCGCCCUCUGCAUACUGUGGUGCUGUCAUUGCCUGACCGAGUCGAGCCAGACAUACUGCUGAACGACUAUAUUGAAAAGGAAGUAAAGUACUUAGGUCAGUUAACCUCCAUACCAGGAUACCUGAAUCCCUCCAGUAGGACUGAAAUUCUUCAUUUUAUAGAUAAUGCAAAGAGGGCUCACCAGCUCCCUGGACACCUGACCCAGGAGCACGAUGCCGUGAUCAGCCUCUCUGCCUACAACGUCAAACUGGCAUGGAGAGACGGGGAAGACAUCAUCCUCAGGGUCCCGAUCCAUGACAUUGCUGCUGUCUCCUACGUCCGGGACGAUGCGGCACACCUGGUGGUCCUGAAGACAGCCCAGGACCCCGGCAUCUCCCCCAGUCAGAGCCUGUGCGCAGAGAGCUCCCGUGGCCUGGCAUCUGGUUCCCUGUCAGGCAGUGGUGUGGUGCCUGUCGAAGCAUGCUGCUUGGUCGUCCUGGCUGCGGAGAGCAAAGGAGCUGCAGAAGAGCUGUGCUCGCUGCUCAGCCAAGUCUUCCAGAUUGUUUACACAGAGUCCACCAUCGACUUUCUGGACAGAGCGAUAUUUGACGGAGCCUCGACACCCACCCACCACCUUUCCCUGCACAGUGAUGACUCAUCCACCAAAGUGGACAUCAAAGAAGUCUACGAGACCGAGGCCAGCACUUUCUCCUUCCCUGACCCCACAGAUGUGGGCGGCCUCUCGUCCUUGUCCUUCUGCAUGCCGCAGUCACCCCACCUCAAGACGGCCAGCGAGAGCGAGCUGAGCACCACAGCCACGGAGCUGCUGCAGGACUACAUGCUGACGCUGCGCACCAAGUUGUCAUCCCAGGAGAUCCAGCAGUUUGCCACGUUGCUGCAUGAGUACCGCAAUGGGGCCUCCAUCCACGAGUUCUGCAUCAACCUGCGACAGCUCUACGGGGACAGCCGCAAGUUCCUGCUACUGGGUCUGCGGCCCUUCAUCCCUGAGAAGGACAGCCAGCACUUUGAGAACUUCCUGGAGACGAUCGGGGUGAAGGACGGCAGGGGCAUUAUCACAGAUAGCUUCGGCAGGUACCGGCGGGCUGCCAGCACUGCCUCCAGCUCCACCACCAAUGGGAACAGGGCCGCAGGCAGUUCCGACGACCAGUCCUUGCCCUCAGAGGGAGAUGAGUGGGACCGCAUGAUCUCGGACAUCAGCAAUGACAUCGAGGCACUGGGCUGCAGCAUGGACCAGGACUCUGCGUGAUGCAUCCUUGGGGAUGGGGCCCUGGGGGUGGCAGCAGGAGGCAGAGCUGGGCCUUGUUGCCAUGGUGUCCUAGCUGCCCUCCACUGUCAGCUCGCCCACCCUAAGCUGGAGGCUGGAGUGAGCAGCCAGGCCCUGGGGCUGCCCCUGUGCAGGCACACUGCCCUGCCGUCCCUGUGUGCACAGCAGCCAUGGGGCUGGGGCAGAGGCCAAUGCCCCAUUCUCCAGCGGCCACUCCUGCAUCCAGUGUCCAUCCAGGGAGGGACAGGCUGGGCCAGCUCGGAGAACCGGCCACUGUGGGUCAGGCCCUGCACAAGUUUCCAUUUUGCACAUGAUGUUCCUAUUGUAACUCUCAGAGACCUUUAAAACAGUUGCCUACAAUGUGAAUCAUUGAAAUCUAUUGUUGCCCCCA